UUUCUGAACGCAUUCCGAGCCUAGAUAGUAUCUGUGAAGAUAGAAUUAGAGUUGAUAAUCGUAACUUUAUGAACGGUAAAAAGAAGUUGCUGGAAGACAUAGAUCUUCUACUUGAGAAUUGCGUGCAACUUAAAAAGCAUAUUUUAUAUCGAACAAAAUUAUAAAUAAAUUUUUCGAUAUGUCUGACUGGGAUACUACGCCUAUUACUUUGCGAAAACGUGCACCUAAAGCUUCUACAUUAAAAUCAGAACAGGCAGUAAAUGCAGCACGGCGUCAGGGUUUUGCUAUUGAAACACAGGCAAAAUGGGGUGGUGGUGCAAAUAAACAACAUGUUACCACAAAGAACACGGCUAAAUUAGAUCGUGAAACUGAGGAACUAAAACACGAUAAAAUUCCUCUUGAUUUGGGAAAGCUUAUACAGCAAGGUCGACAAAGUAAAGGAUUAUCGCAGAAAGAUCUUGCUACGAAAGUGAAUGAAAAGGCACAAGUAAUAAAUGAUUAUGAAGCAGGCCGUGGAAUCCCCAACCAAAUGGUUAUUGGAAAAAUUGAGCGAGUACUUGGCAUAAAAUUGCGUGGAAAGGAUCGUGGGAAACCGUUAAUAGCCCCCGGGACGAAGAAGUGAAUCUCGGGGGAGUUGGAAUCUUUACUUUCUAUCCUUAUAUAUUGCUCCAGCAAAAACUGUAAGAAAGAUGGUAGAAACAAAGUAAUUAAAUUACUUAUCUUUCUUUCCUUUGGUUAUUUUGAUAUUACGUGCUAUUAUUUGUUUUUUUCUGUAAAAUAAAACAAGUGAUACUUACGAGUACAUUUUAGAAUAUCAUAAUUAUAAAUUCAAUAAAGUUUAUUCAAUUACCUUUAUAUGAACAUUUAUUGAAUCUAUUCGGAUUAUAAAUUACUAAUGCAUAUUGUGUUGAAUAGCAUUAUAAAUCAAUGAAAUAAAGUUAUUAAUUUAUGAUAGAA